UGAGUGGAGGAAACCGAAUGACAAAAAACCUGAGUCUUUUCCUUUGGUAAAUUUAACUCCUUUUCGAGACUUGUCUUGAGCAAAAACUUACAUCUAACUGCCUUACCAUCUGCAGCUUGCAAGCUCCCACAUUUUCUUUAGCAUCCAUUUCGGUAUAAGCUCGCACUUGCUUUCCAUUUUCCCAGCAGUGAUCCAUAAUUAUGCAGAGAACAAAGUCGUCCCUUCUUCAAAUUCAACCCCCAACCUAUGGAAACCUAGUCACCAUUCUCAGCAUCGAUGGAGGUGGUAUUAGGGGCAUCAUUCCCGCUACCAUUCUCGAAUUCCUCGAAUCUCAACUCCAGGAGCUGGACGGUGAAGAAGCAAGGCUCGCAGAUUACUUUGACGUGAUUGCAGGAACCAGCACGGGUGGUCUCGUCACCGCCAUGCUAGGUGCUCCAAAUGAAAAGAAGCGACCACUUUUUUCUGCCAAAGAUAUCAAGCCCUUUUACUUGGAGCACUGCCCAAAGAUAUUCCCACAAAAGUUAGGAAUCUUCGAUGGGUACCCUAGAUCUGUCUUGAAGGCUCUGUCCGGACCUAAGUACAACGGCAAGUAUUUACAUAGCCUAGUUAAGGAAAAACUAGGUGACACGAAACUGAACCAGACACUGACAAAUGUUGUGAUCCCUACCUUUGACAUCAAGAACCUUCAGCCGACCAUCUUUUCCAGUUUUCAGGUGAAGCAUAACCCUAGCUUAAACGCCCUGCUCUCCGAUAUAUGCAUUGCAACUUCAGCAGCUCCGACCUAUCUUGCAGCUCAUUAUUUUCAAACAAAGGACGCCGAAGGCAAAGCAAUGAGAGAGUUCAAUCUCAUCGACGGAGGAGUUGCCGCAAAUAAUCCGGCACUGGUUGCUGUUGGAGAAGUGACAAGGGAAAUCAUUGAAAAUAGCCCAGACUUCGUUGCCAUAAGGCCUCUGGAAUAUGACAGAUUCUUGGUGAUAUCUUUAGGAACCGGCUGCCACAAAGCGCGAAAGUACAGUGCGGAUGAAGCAGCUAAGUGGGGUGUCUUGGGAUGGUUGACCGGUAAUGGCUCUACCCCUUUGGUUGACGUCUUCAAUCAGGCCGGUGCCGAUAUGGUUAGCUUGUAUCUCUCCGUUGUUUUAAAAGCUCUCUCCUCCCAGAAAACUUACCUCCGAAUUCAGGAUGAUACAUUACUUGGACAAAUAUCUCCCGUCGACGUAGCCACGCUGAAAAAUUUGAAUGAUCUAGUUGAAGUUGGAGAGCAAUCGUUAAAAAGGCCUGUUUCUCGGGUUAACUUGGAUACCGGUAAUUAUCAACCUUACGGCCGUGAGACCAACGCGGAGGCUCUGAAAAGGUUUGCAGAAUUGCUAUCCCAGGAGAAGCGGUUGAGGGAAUCUAAUUCUAAAAUACCAAGUGGGAAUAUUAUUGCUGACAAGGCCUAA